CCGCCCUCGGUGCUCGCCGCGGCCGCCGGGAGGGGCCGGGCGGGUCCGUGAGGGACGGGCGGGCCCGGCCCCGCCUCAGGGCACGGGCGGGCCCCGCCAUGCCCGGCCCGGCGACCCCCGGGUGGCCCCACGUCCCGCCGGAGCCGCCCCGAGGCGCCGCCCCGGUCGGUUGGUUGGGCCAGGGGAAGGCGACGCCCGCCAUGAGCUCGUCGGCGCUGCUGGCUGAGGGCCCCCUCGACCCCCCGGUGCUGCUGGCCGACAUCAAGACGGAGCCCCCCGAGGAGCUGCUGGCCAGCGACUGCAGCCAGCCCCAGGCCGAGCCCGUCGAUCUCUCCCUCAAUAAAUCCAAGGUGGCUCCGGCCUCGGCCCCGCCGCCACCACCCCCCACCUCGGUCCAGUCUUCCCCCAUGCUGGUGGCUCCCCCGCUUCCCGCUCCCAGCACCGUGUCCAUCCCGCCCUCCGGUCUCAGCUCCACCUCGGCCAUCCCGGCUGUCCUCUCACCCGGCUCCAUCCUGGCCUCCACGCAGGGCAGCAGCGGGCAGCAGAUCCUCCACGUCAUCCACACCAUCCCCUCCGUCAACCUGCCCAGCAAGAUGGGCAACCUGCAGACCAUCCCCGUGGUGGUGCAGUCCCUCCCCGUCGUCUACACCACCGUGCCCACGGACGGCGUCACCGCCAUCACUGUGCCCCUCAUCGGGGGGGACGGCAAGAAUGCUGGGUCUGCUUUCCUUUCCCGGACCCCUCCAGUGAAAAUGGACCCUGGCUCCGUGUACCCCAUGGACAUGAACAGCGACAGCGAGGACAGCGCCCCCGAGAGCGGCCCAGCGCCUUUCCAGGAGCUCCAGAGAGAGCCGGCGGCGCGGGGGCCCAGAGCCGAUUCCCCGGAUCUGAAGAAGCGGCGCAUCCACCAGUGUGACUUCGAGGGCUGCAAUAAGGUCUACACCAAAAGCUCCCACCUCAAAGCCCACCGGAGGAUACACACAGGCGAGAAGCCCUACAAAUGCACGUGGGAAGGCUGCACCUGGAAGUUCGCCCGCUCGGACGAGCUCACCCGGCACUUCCGCAAGCACACGGGCAUCAAACCCUUCCGCUGCUCGGACUGCGACCGCAGCUUCUCCCGCUCCGACCACCUGGCCCUGCACCGCCGGCGGCACGUCAUGAUGUGAGCGGUGCCCGCCGCGCCGCGCCGAGCCGCGCUGGGGCCGGCAGCGCCUCCCUCCCUCCCUCCAUCCACACCCCGCGGCUCCUGCGGGGCUGGGCGGGGACUGCGGGAGCGCCGGGGCCGAGCCGAGCCCGCUGCGGGAGCCCCGCCUGCAGGAGCCCCGCCGGCACGGGACGGCAAACAAUGGAUUCUGGACUGCUGCCUCUUC